UAAAUGAAUUAAAAAAAAAACUGUGUUUAGGUGACAUUUGUGCCGGGACGCCUUGUUCACGUUGUUUUCAUUAAAACUUAAUAUCAAAAUCCAUAUUUAUAACAAAAGUGAUCGUUCAAAAUGGCUUCGUUAGCAGCCGCUCAAGUACAAGAAGUGCGCUCAAUAACGCGUAUUGAACGCAUUGGUGCCCAUUCUCAUAUUCGCGGUCUUGGUCUCGAUGAUUCCCUGGAGCCCAGAGCAGUGUCCCAGGGUAUGGUGGGUCAAAAGAUGGCGAGAAAAGCUGCUGGAGUCAUCUUACAGAUGAUUCGAGAAGGCAAAAUAGCAGGCAGAGCUGUUCUACUAGCGGGCCAACCAGGCACUGGUAAAACCGCUAUCGCCAUGGGGUUGGCUCAGGCGCUUGGGCCAGACACACCUUUCACCAGCAUGGCUGGAUCAGAAAUUUACUCUUUGGAAAUGAGCAAGACGGAAGCUCUGACGCAGGCCAUCAGAAAAUCUAUUGGUAUCAGAAUCAAAGAAGAGUCUGAAAUAAUCGAAGGCGAGGUGGUGGAGGUGGUGAUCGAGCGCGCGGCAGGAGGGGGUGGAGCUAGAGUGGGGAGGCUAACCUUGAAGACCACCGAUAUGGAGACCAACUACGAUAUGGGAGCGAAGAUGAUCGAUUCACUGCUUAAAGAAAAGGUGCAAGCCGGCGACGUGAUAACCAUAGACAAAGCUACGGGGAAAAUCAACAAACUCGGACGCAGCUUCGCCCGCGCCAGAGACUAUGACGCUACAG